AUCAUUAACCGACCAUUCGGUUACAGACUUUCACGCAGUGUAAAUCGCGCGCAUUAUAUAAAAACUAGUUUUGACAAAUUUUCUUUUCGAUUCAAAUAAUCAAAAAUGCGUGUAGCAAUUAUUGGAGCAGGUGCUGCCGGUUUGGCAACGGCAAAACAUGUAGCAAGUGCCAAUAUGGAUUUGGAUGUUUUCGAAAUGAGGGAGGAAUUGGGUGGUACUUGGGUUUAUACUGAUGAUGUUGGUAAGGAUCGGUACGGAUAUCCGGUCUAUUCUGCUAUGUAUAAAGGCUUAAGGACAAAUCUUCCCAAAGAAGUAAUGGGAUUUCCUGACUUUCCCAUACCGGAUCAAGAACGGUCUUAUUUAACGCAAGCUGAAAUUUUAGAUUUUCUCAAACUCUAUGCAGAAAAAUUUGACUUAAUCAAAUACAUUAAGUUUAAUACAAUGGUAAUGGAUAUUUCUCCAGCUGACAACAAAUGGAAAAUAACUACAAUUCACAAGCCUAGCAAAAAAGUGACUACAAAUGUGUACGAUUCUGUUAUUAUUUGCAAUGGACACUAUAAUGAUCCCAUAAUACCCACAUUAAAAGGCCAAGAAAACUUUACUGGUAUCAUCGCUCACAGUCACGACUACAGAGAGCCAGAAAAAUUCAGGAACAAAAGUGUGCUGGUGAUUGGAGCCGGUCCUUCCGGCCUGGAUUUGACUUUGCACAUUUCAAACGUAGCUGAGCAUGUUACAUUAAGUCACCACGUUCCUGAACCAAUCAAAACUCAAUAUCCGCCUAAUGUGGACAUGAAGCCUGACGUUCAAAGAAUUCUCGAAUUUGAUAAGGUUGAAUUCGUUGAUGGUUCUUGUUGUCGUUACGAUGCCAUACUUUUCUGUACAGGUUACAGAUACAGCUUCCCUUUCCUAAACGACUCCUGCGAAAUCACUAUCGAUGAUAACCAUAUCCAACCCUUAUACAAACACAUGAUUCACAUUGACAGACCUACCAUGUGCUUCAUUGGAGUACCUUUCAAUGUGUGCACUUUUCAAAUGUUUGAUUUACAAGCCAGAUACUUUUGCAAAUACCUCACUGGUGCAAUGGACUUGCCAUCAAAAGAAGAAAUGCGAAUGCACACUGAAAAAGAUAUGGAAAAUCGUAAAGCGAAAGGUUAUACAAAACGUCAAAUGCAUAUGAUGGGGCCUGAUCAACAGUCUUACUACAAUGACUUGGCUGAGGACGCAGAUACAGCCCCAAUUCCUCCUGUAUUGGUCAAGCUUAGAGAUUUAAGUGUGCAAAGGCUGUACGAUGACUUAAUUAACUUCAGGGAGGAUCAGUAUAGGAUAGUGGAUGAAAAUAGCUUUGUGAAAGUAUCAAAUUAAAUAGUGCAGGCUUUCAACAAUUAUUUAGAAUAGAGCGAUUUUUAUAUGGUUAAAAUAUAAUGAUUAUAUUCAAUAUUACAAAAACUGUCAAUAUGUAAACAUAAAUUGAAUUUUUGCUAAUAUUGAUAGGUUACUUAUGUGCUAGCCAUAAAAAAUAUAGCAAAAAAGUAGUUUUCCUUAAUUAUAAUUAAAUUUAGUAUUUAUUUUGUUUAAGAUUUUAUAUUUAAGGAAAAAUAAAGUACACUUUGAAAAUAUUUUAGUUUUAAAAAGUAUUUAUUAAAAACUAUUUUACAAUAGAAACAUUGAGCCAUUCAAAGACAUCACACCAUAAAAAAAAAUUAUGUAUAAAUACAUAAACAAACCAAUAUAAAACCCCAUAAUUCGUAUCACAGCAAGUUAAAUCAAAUAUUGCACCUGAGUAAAAAUAAUAAAUAAAUUGAAUAUAAUACAGGAUUAAAUUUGUGAAUCGAAAUGGAUUCAGUGGAUCGGCCUACCAGAUUUUUUUCAACAACAGCUUGUAGAUAACCAACUUUAGAUUGGGGAAAACUUGAUUUCGUUUUUGAAUAGCUUUAAACAAAAACGGUAUAUACAUCAGAAAGCAUAAGUUCAUGAGAAUUUUAAGCACAGAUUACAUUUUUCCAAAUUGGAAAUAACUUUAUAAUGUCGCGAAAUAGAAAUCCAAAAUUUCAACCAGAUGGUGAAAAAACACACUAUUUGAACAAAUAUUACGUAUUAUAAUCUUAUAAUCACAGCAAAAUAGUAUUUAUUGCAUAGGUAUGUAUGUCUUUAACUGGUUGUCAAAUGUUGCAUAUAAAAUGUAUAUACAUAAGGAACAAAAUUGUUUUGAAAUACGUACAUACUGAAAGGUCCAGCACUGAUAAAAAACUAAUUGUUGUGAUCUUUUUUACUCUUUUUAAAAGAUUUCCUAAAGUAUGGUAUCCUUUCCAAAAUCGAUAAUAAAAUAUUGCCUGGUAACCUUUGAUGUUUUUUAAUUAAAUCUUCUAAAGAGGCGGCA